AUGCCAAAUAGUACUCUGAAGCAAGGUCCCAAGAUCGAAAAUGUUUCUCCUUCUAAAGGUCACGUCCCAAGUUUUUGGAAACAGUUCAUAAACAACCCCAAGAGUAUGUCAUCCGAAAAUAUUACAGUCCCUAGGUCACCAAAUUCUCUUUCAAGAAAUGCUCAACCAACCACUUUAAAGCGGCCUCCAUUAUCUUCAAGACCAUAUUCAUAUAAUACCCCAACCAAGGAUAGAAAAUCAUUUUCUAAAUCUGCAAAACAGAACAAUAACAAUAAUAACGCCAAUUCUGGGACAUCGCCUCACGCAGAGUUCAAAAAUUACAGAGAUAUGUUUUUAUCUAAUAGAAAUGGUUUCACAGGUAGGGUUUUUGGUGUUACAUUAGCAGAAUCGUUAAGCGUUGCCAGUGCAGAGGUCAUCGUUCAAAGUGAAUUGGUUAGUUUUGGUCGGAUACCCAUCGUGGUGGCCAAGUGCGGCGCCUACCUAAAAGCAAAUGGGUUAGAGACCUCAGGUAUAUUUCGUAUAGCGGGCAAUGGUAAAAGAGUAAAAGCUCUUCAAUACAUAUUCUCGUCGCCGCCUGAUUAUGGUACCAAAUUCAACGACUGGGAAACAUAUACAGUGCACGAUGUUGCAUCGCUCCUGAGGAGAUACCUAAAUAAUUUGGCCGAACCGUUAAUACCCUUAUCCCUAUAUGAACAAUUCAGAGACCCGCUACGAGCUAGACCCAGAAUCCUAAGACAUAUGUUGACGCACGAAGUUUCUCAUCCGAAUGCGAAUAAAGCGAAUAACAUAACAGUAAAAUCAAGUAGACAGAAUUAUAACGAUGAUGGCGCUAAUGAUGGUGACAUUGAGAAGGAGGAUACUAAAGAUGAUGAAGAAAAAAGACGAAGGAAAAUACGUCAUAAGAGAAGACUGACUCGUGAUAUUAGGGCAGCUAUUAAGGAAUACGAAGAACUCUUUGUUACCUUAUCCAAUGACACGAAACAGCUAACUAUAUAUCUACUUGAUUUACUGAGUCUUUUUGCCAGGCAGUCACAGUUUAACCUAAUGUCUGGAAGGAAUUUAGCGGCCAUCUUCCAACCUUCAAUACUAUCACAUCCUCAACAUGAUAUGGACCCCAGAGAAUACGAAUUAUCCCGACUGGUGGUAGAGUUUCUGAUAGAAUACUCGUACAAACUAUUGCCUCAUCUUUUGAAGUUGGCCAAAAAAGAACAACAGAAACGGUUGUCGACCGAAAAGAAGAACAAUAAUGCAGAGAAACAGAAAAUAGAUCCUACAGAAAUACCAAGGAUCACCUCAUCGGAUUCCCCACCAAUAGUUUCUUCCAAUAAAUAUCCAUCGACGAUUGACAAUAGCAACAAACUAGAUCGCCCUACGUUAUCACCAAUAUCUACUUCGAUACCGGAGAACUCAUCAGAUCUGCAGGACUCAAAAAUGUUGAAACCUCCGAAGCAAAGAAGACCACAUUCAAAAUCUUUUGGAUCUACUCCUGUUCCUCCAGACGUUAUUGCUAGUAAUAAAAGAAGAACGAAUUUAUUCCCGUGGUUACAUAAACCGGGAAUUUUGAGUGACACAGGAGACAAUGGCGAUUUAACUGCUACUGAAGCUGAAGGUGAUGAUUAUGAAGAAGAAAAUGUUGAUCCAUACGGUCAAUCUCCAGCAAGCGUGCACUCAGGUUCCCUGCCCAAACAGCAUCACUUGCCAAUUCCUCGGAUGAACAGAUCGUUGAGCGGAAACAGUACCAACUCAUCAUUUAACACUAGACCAAUUUCGAUGAUCCUAACCAGUGGUAAUGAUAAUUCCGCGGACCAUUUAGAAUUGCUAAGUAACAGUCAUAGCAAUAGUGAGCGCAGCCAUGCUUUGCCAUUAACUGAAGACGAUGGCGACGAAAGAAAUUCAAGAUCACGCAAGAGAGAAUCAUGGUUUCAAAGGCUAACAAGUCGAUCGGGCUCUGCCAACAGAGCCUGA